GUGGGGAGGGGUGGUCUCAAGCCAACAAAAUGAUCUCGCCCGACACAGCCUGCGAGACUCGGUACAUGAUGGCUCACGGAACAGUCUGCGUGACCGCCGGGUUAACGGGGCUCCUAAGUUUCGUGUUCCUGACGGUCGCGAUCGCCACGGAUUAUUGGUACGUUAUCGACGUGUCGGAUUCCCGUUACAACAAUGGGGAGGGCUGGGAAGACUUAAACUCCCAUUCUGGGCUGUGGAGAAUCUGCGAAGGUAAAAAUGCUUGCAUUGCUUUGAUAGACCCCUUUAGCGAGGAGAGUCAAAGUGUGCCUGAGUCCCAGCAACACCUACUGUUUAUGCAGAAGGUGUUUGUCAUUUUGCUGCCCCUCAGUCUGGUUCUUCUGGUGCUUGGAGGGAUUGGUGGACUGAUCAGCUCUCUGGCUAAUGGUCUCUACCUGCUUCUGUUCACGGGCUCCUACUUCCUCAUUGGAGGUGCGCUGACCCUGGCCGGGAUCUGCGUCUACGUCGCCUACUCGAAGGCUGCCUUUGCCAUUGCGAAGCACAUCUACGGAGACAAGGUGUUCGACAACGUUCACAUUGGCUUCAGCUGGUCCAUGGUCCUGGCCUGCCUCUCUUGCAUCCUGGAAGUGAUGUCCGGGGCUUUGUUUCUCCUGGCAGCCAAGCUCAGCACCGUAGGGCAACCAGAACAGUCUGCAGUCAUAUGAGCUCAGUGUUACUGUACAGCAACGCUGUGGACUGUUGUAUUGUUAUUGUGCCUCAGUGUAUAAUAAGCUAAGUUCAGGAUACAUGUUGCAUCCAGCACUGUUUGUUCUUUUAGGCUGCUGUUCUCUCCCCUCCCCUUCAAAUGUGAAACCAGAAAUUUGCAAAUAAUAACAGGACUGCUGGAGUGGUAUUUGUUCAGGCCUACGGAGAGAUGUUUGAACAGGAUUGUACGGUGGCAGACAGGGGAAAUAACCGAGUUCAGAGCAUGCCAUUUGCUCUGGGAAUUAGUCACAGUGGCGGGAAGUUUCAUUCCCAGAAAGACGAGGCUGCAAGCAUGUUGCUGGAGUUGCUGGGACUGCUCAGCUGACUGGGCAGCAUCCGUGGGGAGCAAAACUGCUUAAAAAGAAGGGAUCGUCUCUCUCGCUGAAGGUCAUGAGUCUUUGGAACUCUUUUCCUCAAAAAGCAGUGUAAGCAGAACUUUUGAGGUGACUUGAGGGAGAGUAGUAAGGGGUGAAAGGUUACGGAGUUAACGUUACAACCGAUCAGCCGUGACCUCAUUGAAAGGUAGAACAGGCUUGAAGGGGUGAGUGGGUUACUCCUGCUCCUAAGUCACAUCCUUGUAUAUAAAACAGAUUUAACACUUCAGUUUGUUGACUCUUCAUCAGUUCGGCGAUGAACAGGUUAUAAAAGUUAGAGAAAAGUUGGGGAGUGGUUGCGGGGGGGGGUGUGCUGGAGGAAGAAGGGGAGAUUAUGAUUGGGUGGAAGGAAGGAGAGAUUAAGUCAUGUUAGGACAAGGCGAAGGAAGCUGAACAAGAACACGGAACAUUGAACAGGAUAGCACAGGUCAGGCCCUUCAGCCCACAAUGUAUAUACUGAGCAUGAUGCCAAAUUAAUCUCUUCCGCUUUGCGCGUGAUCCUCAUCCCUCCGUUCUGUGUAUCUUCAUGUGUCCACCUAAAGCCCUCUUGAAUGCCAUGUAAGGCAAGAGUCUGGAAGAGGUGUACAAGGAAGAAAGAAAAAUCAUUGUCUGAAAUUAUUAAAUGAAAGUACAGUGAAUGCUGGAAAUGUGAAAUAAAAAAAAUGCAGGAGAUGUUAAUAACCGAAACUGUGAAAUUAAUAAUAAGCUUCAAAGAUUGUAAUAUCCCUAGAUAGAAAAUGAACUCUUUCAUAAGUUUGGUCUGGGCUUCAUUGCAACAGUGUAGGAGGCCGAUGGCAGAGUGUGGGAUAGAGGAUUAAAGUAAUUAAUGACAGGAAUACGAGGAUCAUACUCUCACACUAACGGGAAAUAUUCCACAGAAGAAGCCACUCGGUCUAUGACUGGUCUCCCCCCGAAGAAAAAAAAACAAGUCGACAGCAGUUGACAGGGAAAAUUGCCUUGAGAAGAAGUCUAAGUUGUUUCAUCUGGGAAGAGUGUUUGGACCCUGGAUGCUAUAGAAGUUAAAGGUCGGGAGUUGCAUUUCCUAUCUUCUUCCUAAGCCCAACACCCCUUUUUUUACUUGUGCAUAGGCCACUGACAGCUGCUCACUGGAGUCCUUUAUACUGGGCCAGACAUUCCUCUGGACGAUAAAAGGUUGAUUAGCCCUGUGGCUUCCACGAACUUGCGGCUUUCGCCAGACGACUUUAUACACCUUCCAGGCGAAGAUCCUUCCUCUCCUAGGAAUGAGGUCUUUGGAGCUUCCGUUGGCAUUUCUGUAGCACUGGGUUUUUAUGGGAUGGGGUUGCUGGCCCUAUGCCUAACCCUCCUUCUUUCACAGGCAGGCUUGGGACUGUCCAUGGCAGAAUCUGGCAUUUCCUGUGGUUGCUAGGAAAGGUGAUCUGAGAAGAGGACAUUUACUGUCCACAUUCCAACAAGGGGUUGUUCCAUACAUCUGACAUCAGUUUGGAAGAAGUGGGUACACGAAGCAACAGAGGAAGUUUUCUCAAAUUGGUGACUUUCCUCAUGGAUGUGUAGCCAUUCUGCAUUGACGAGCAUUCCAAGUACAGUUCUGUGCAAAAGUCCCAGGCACAUAUAUUCAUAUAUAGAGCCUGGAUGCGUAAGACGUUUGCACAGUACUG